UAAUAGCGAUUGAAACUUGGAGUGUGGGGAAGAAGAACUUAGGAAGAAGGAGAGAAGGAGAUUGCGUUGCUUUGCUUGCAUUCUUGCUUGCAUUUGCAUGUUAGUUUGUGUUGAAUUGUUGAUACUCUUCUUGAUUUUAUUUAUUUUUGUCUUUAUUUCAUCUUUGAUUCAGUAGGUGAAGGUGGUUGAGAAGCUCAGAUCCCUUUCUUUGCUCUGUCUUCUUCCUCCCUCUGUUAGUCUGUUUCACCUCCGUUAUCGGUAUAUCUGUUUUUUGCUUCUAUGCUGUUUGAUGUGAUUGCGAGAUAGUAAUCGACUACAAACACGUGAUACCCUCUGGAUUGAUCUGGACUUUUGAUAGUUUUGAAUCAAGAUUUUUUUGUUCAUCAUAAACCGCUUCUUCUCUCAUCAGUUUUGAUAGUUUUGAAUCAAGAUUUUUUUCCUUGGUUAGGUGGAUGUCAGAAUGGGACGUUUUGAUGCUUUUGCGGUGGAAGUGAAAUGGAAACUGCUCCUUUAGUUGAUUGUUCUAGUUUAAAGGGUAGUAUCCGUUUCGGUUUUGAUGAUAAUCUGAAGUGGAUCGGCGUAAUAGUGAGAUUUUCUAGCUGAACAGAGCUCUGCAUCGUUCAAAUUGACCAGCAUUUUGGGUUUUGCUUGGGAUUUUGCAGAGAUACUGAUGUCACUUCCGGCAACAGAAAGUGGUGAUUUGAUCGUUUUUGGUUGGACAUAGACAAACGAUCUGUGUUGGAUGUUUCUCAUUUCUGAUUCCUUUGCCAGCUCAUUUACUUUACGAAGAAUUUUGAAGUUCUGUUUUAGUUUCACUGUUUGGCCAUGUGAUUUGAAGUUCCGAUUGAAAGGCCUCUGCUGUGUGGAAGGAAGAUAUUGAGAUCCCUCCCUCACACCACCUGUGCACGGAACUGCAUUUCUCGAGAAACAGUCUGCCUGAGCUUCUGAUGGUACUUCAGUUAAUCCGUCGGGUAUAAACAGACCUGCUUCACUCCAGCUAUCUUGGUUUCCUCUCUUCCUUUGGGCUUCGUUUUUCAAGGGGUAUUAAGAUUUUAUUUCUAUAAGUGGAAUACUCAUGCAAAAUUUCUCGAUGGAGUAUUAAAGGAGGUCCUAAAGGAAAUGAAAAGGAGAGGGGAAAAAAACUGAAAGAGAAUCCUUGCCUUGAAGAUUUACCUUUUUUUGGGGGCAGGAGUGUUUCAGGCAUGUUUCUAUUCAUAGGGAAGAGAGAAAGAGAGAGAGAGAGAGAGCUCUGAUCUGGCGAAGUUAUAGCUAUGUUGCGUGAAAGCAUCUUAGAAAUGCCUUAAAGCCCUUGAGCAGUUCAUCUUAUCUAGCAAGUUAAAAGCGUUUUGUCAUCCGUGAUUUCUAUUAUAGGAGAUAGCAGUCAGCACGUUUAGGGUUUGUGUUUAAUGUUUGAGUAAUUUGGUGGGGGACGAAGACUCGUGCAAUAUUUGGUAUAUUUGGUUGCUUUUUCCCGUGGUUCAUCUUCUCCGAAUUCUGGAUUAAUUUCUCUCUGACCUGUGCUUCUGAGUUAGAAAUCAAUCUCUUCUUGUGAUGGGUUGGAGAGGCUGCGCCUGUUGAACGAGGAGUUGGUUGAAAUAUACUGGGUCUGAUGAGUCUACAAACGAAGCGUGGAAAGCAGGACAAGGGCACGGAUGUUGCUGAGAAGGUUGUCGUCGCUGUAAAGGUGUCUAAGGAAAUUCCCAGGACGGCCCUUGUGUGGGCUUUGACUCACGUUGUCAAGCCUGGGGACUGUAUAACGCUUCUGGUCGUGGUUCCUGCACAGAGUUCGGGGAGAAAGCUAUGGGGUUUUCCAAGAUUUGCAGGAGAUUGUGCCAGUGGCCACAGGGCUCACUCCGGAACCAGCUCAGAGCAGAAGUCUGAUAUUAAAGAUACCUGUUCCCAAAUGAUGCUUCAACUGCAUGAGAUAUAUGAUCCAAACAAUAUAAAUGUCAAAAUAAAAGUUGUCUCUGGAUCGCCAUGUGGAGCCGUUGCUGCAGAAGCCAAGAGAGCUCAAGUUAACUGGGUGGUAUUGGACAAACAGCUGAAACAUGAGGAGAAACGCUGCAUGGAGGAACUGCAAUGCAACAUUGUGGUUAUGAAACGUUCUCAGCCUAAAGUUCUUCGUCUCAAUUUGGUUGGGUCACCUACAAAGGAACCUGAAGCUCCCUGUCAUUUGCCUUCCGAAUUUGAAGCAUCUGAAAAACAUUCAAAAGGCAGCGGUGAAUCUCAGAAUUCCAUUCGGGGGCCGGCGGUAACUCCAAGUAGCAGUCCAGAGUUUGGGACUCCAUUCACUGCAACUGAAGCCGGAACAUCUUCCUUAUCGAGUGAAGAUCCAGGAACUUCACCAUUUUUCAUUGCCGAAAGAAAUGGAGAUGUGAAGCAAGAGGAGUCCAUAGCCACGAAGGAAACAUUUAACCUGGAAGAUUCUAGUUCAGACACCGAAAGUGAAAAUUUGAGUCCUUCAACGAGUUCCGGCUUUCAGCCAUGGAUGGAAGAAAUUCUGAGUUCUGGUCACCAAUUGUCAAAGAAUGUUGAAGGGAGCUCACAGAAACUCAAUGAGAAAUCACAGAUCUCUACAGCUAAAGCAUUGCUGGAGAAAUUCUCAAAACUUGAUCGAGAAGCUGGAAUUGGAGUAGACUAUAGGCCUGAUUUUGACUACAGCGGAAAUGUGAGAGAAGCUGUUUCACUAUCCAGAAAUGCACCUCCUGGCCCACCUCCACUUUGUUCAAUAUGUCAGCAUAAAGCACCUGUAUUUGGUAAACCUCCAAGGUGGUUUAGCUAUGCUGAACUAGAACUUGCUACAGGUGGGUUUUCACAAGCAAAUUUCUUGGCCGAAGGUGGGUUUGGAUCUGUACACAGGGGUGUCCUGCCAGAUGGCCAGGCAAUUGCAGUGAAGCAACACAAACUGGCUAGUUCUCAGGGGGAUCUUGAGUUCUGCUCAGAAGUGGAAGUUCUGAGUUGUGCUCAGCACCGAAAUGUUGUGAUGUUGAUUGGGUUCUGUGUUGAGGACAGAAGAAGGCUGCUGGUCUAUGAAUACAUCUGCAAUGGAUCACUGGACUCUCAUCUAUAUGGACGAAAUCGUGAUCCAUUAGAAUGGUCUGCACGACAAAAAAUUGCAGUUGGAGCUGCAAGAGGGUUACGAUAUCUUCAUGAAGAAUGCAGAGUGGGAUGUAUAGUCCACCGUGAUAUGCGGCCUAAUAAUAUCCUCAUAACCCAUGAUUUUGAACCACUGGUUGGAGAUUUUGGCCUGGCAAGGUGGCAGCCAAAUGGAGACCUGGGUGUGGAAACAAGAGUAAUUGGAACAUUUGGGUAUUUAGCUCCAGAAUAUGCCCAAAGUGGUCAGAUCACAGAAAAGGCUGAUGUGUAUUCCUUUGGAGUGGUACUGGUGGAGCUUGUUACAGGGCGGAAAGCGGUUGACAUAAACCGGCCCAAGGGCCAGCAGUGCCUUACCGAAUGGGCACGCCCAUUGUUAGAAGAUUAUGCCAUUGAUGAACUGGUGGACCCACGGUUGGCCAACCAGUAUUCAGAACAUGAGGUUUAUUGCAUGCUACAUGUUGCAUCCUUGUGUAUCCGGCGAGAUCCUCAUUCUAGGCCUCGAAUGUCUCAGGUACUUCGUUUAUUGGAGGGUGACAUGUUCAUGGAAUCCCAUUACAUAUCAACACCUGGGUAUGAUGCUGGUAGCAGGAGUGGAAGGAUGUGGCCAGAGCAGCAGCAACACCACCAACACCACCACCACCAAUCUUACAGUGGUCCUCUAAUGAAGGAAGCAUCGGAGGGAUUAGGAGCAAACCUUUCCUACGAGGCAUUGAGGGCAGCUGUCUGGGAGAGAGAGAAGGCGAGGAGGGCUUCAUGCGAUGAUGAUCUGUAAAACAAUAAAACAUGCUACACACGUAAGAUAUAUCAAUCUUUGUAUUUCUUUUUUCUUUUCACAGUUCUUUAUAGUACUUGGGUACAGUUAGAUUUUUGCUUGUAUAGUAUUUCUGAGUCAA